GGAGGGAAGAAAAGAAAGACGAGAGGAAGACACUUAUCGUCUGUUACAAACCAAGUAGUGGGCGUGUAUCUAUCCAUUUUUAAUGAGGGUCAUGGGAUCGCUUAAUAAAAUCCGUCAGUCCUCGAUUUUUACUCCUUUCUCUAGCAACCUCCCCCGCUCAUAAAAGGAGCGUAGAGCCACUGCCAUUUUCAACCUUCACAGCCAGACACGAAGAACUAAGAAUUUUGUGUUUAAAGAAACACAGAACGACCAACGGAUUUGUCAAAAUGGUGGGACCGAGUAGACCGCAAUUUGUUCUCUUUGGAUCCUCCAUUGUCCAACUCUGCUUCAGUCAUGGUGGUUGGGGCUCCAUUCUCUCCGAUAUCUACUCUCGCAAAGCGGACAUAUUGCUGCGAGGCUACUACGGAUGGAACUCGCGGCGUGCUGUCCAGGUUCUCGAUCAAGUUUUUCCCAAGGAUGCUCCUGUGCAACCAGCUCUGGUGAUAGUUUAUUUUGGUGGUAAUGAUUCAAUGGGGCCUCACUCAUCUGGCCUAGGCCCUCAUGUACCCCUUGAUGAAUACAUGGAGAACAUGAGAAAGAUUGCAAUUCACCUCAAGAGCCUCUCAGAUACAACCCGCAUCAUUUUUAUGAGCUGUCCACCUGUUGAUGAGGCCAGAGUUAGUUCAAGCACAAGUGGAAUUUUCAGUGAAGUGGUACGAACAAAUGAGUUGUGCCAAAUAUAUUCCAAUUCUUGUAUAAAGCUAUGCCAGGAAUUGGGAGUGAAGGUUGUUGAUCUUUUCUCUGCCUUUCAAAAAAGAGAUGGUUGGACCACUGCUUGCUUUACAGAUGGCAUUCAUUUAUCAGCAGAGGGGAGCAAAAUAGUUGUGGAGGAGAUUCUGAAGGUGCUAAAGGAAGCUGAGUGGGUUCCAUCUCUUCAUUGGAAGUCCAUGCCCACCGAAUUUUCAGAGGAUUCACCAUAUGAUCUUGUUGCUGCUGAUGGGAAACAAACUCUAAAUCCCUCCGAGUGGACAUUUCACAGGGAGGUUCAUUGGGACUAGGUUGGAAAACUAUCUUUAUGCCUUUUUCAAAUGCCGGAGCUGCAACUAGAAAUUGAAGGAAACAAGCAUCCCUUACCAGAGUCGGCAUGAACCCACAAAAAAGAAUCAGCCUAGAGUGGAAUAAUUAUAAUGCAACUCAUUCUUGUCUACUGUUUCUGAACUCCCUUCGUUUUUAAUUGAAUUGUUCCUUGUAUAGCCAUAGGUUUUAGCAGUAACAUUAGUCUCUAAAAUGGCAUGGAUGGUGCUGUUUUGAAUAAUAUUCAAAUGCAGCAGCGCCAUUUCUCGCAUAGACUGUAUGGUUUCAAGACGAACCCAUCACAGGUGGUUCCGGUGACAAUUUGUUCCUUGAUUAUCAUUACAUGCAUGGUUUCAGCAUGAUUUUUCCAUCGUAAA